CGGUGUAGCAACGGUUGUUAAGCAAUUUAGCGUCUUUCUGGCAACCGAAAAUAUGUUGCCUUAACUUGGGUUAUUGGUGAAUCAGUAGUCCUUUUUAACUUGAAAAUUGUCUUACAAUUAGGUAUUUAGAUUAGCAGUGAAAUCAUGACAUUGACAUCGAUUAAAGACGGCGAAUACACAGCCACAGUUUACAAAAUGGUGAGAAAUCAAAGAUGGGCGUUAUGGGGAGGCCAUCCACGUUCUUAGUAAUGAACAACAGAAACAGACGAAGUCGCGGGCAGCUCUGUCUCUGCUGGGAUACUGCUACUACCACAUGCAGGACUUCAGCAGUGCAACGGAGUGCUAUGAGCAGCUGAUCCAGCUACACCCAGAGGUGGAGGAGUACAAAUUAUACUACGCCCAGUCCCUGUAUGGGGCUUGUGCCUACCCUGAGGCCAUGAAGGCCACGUUCCUUCUGGACAACCCCAACAGCCACACCAAGAUGAUCAAACUGCAGGCAGCCAUUAAAUAUGGAGAGGAGGAGUUCUCUGGUGCUAAGACGCUGGUGGAGCAGCUCCCUCAGGAUGACCCAGACUAUGAUGUUGAUAUGGGAUGUCUUCUCUACAAGGAGGGGCAAUACGAGGAGGCCUGUAAGAAGUUCAUGUCUGCCAUGCUGGUGCUGGGUUACCAACCAGACCUGUCCUACAACAUAGGACUGUGUUACUACAGUAUGAAACAGUAUGCUCAGGCCCUCAAAUUCAUCACGGAGAUCAUCGAGAGAGGCAUCAGAGAACAUCCAGAGCUAAGUGUUGGCAUGACCACUGAGGGCAUCGACGUGAGGAGUGUGGGCAACACCCUGAUCUUACAUGAAACCGCUCUCAUUGAAGCAUUCAACCUCAAGGCUGCCAUCGAGUAUCAGCUGAAGAACUAUGAGGCUGCACAGGAGGCCUUGACCGACAUGCCACCCAGGGCUGAAGAGGAGUUGGACCCAGUGACACUCCACAACCAGGCUCUGAUGAACAUGGAGAAGAAGCCGUCGGAGGGUUUUGAGAAGCUGGCCUUCCUCCUGCAGCAGAUCCCAUUUCCCCCGGUCACAUUUGGAAAUCUGCUGCUGCUGUACUGCAAAUAUGAGUAUUUUGACCUGGCUGCUGAUGUCAUGGCGGAGAAUGCUCACCUCACCUACAAGUUCCUCACCCCGUAUCUCUAUGAGUUUCUGGACGCCAUGUUGACCUGCCAGACAGCUCCUGAGGAGGCCUUCAGGAAGUUUGAUGAGAUGAACGCUAAGCUGACGGAUCAGCUACGCAAGCAGACUAAACAGGUGCAGGAAGCCAAGCUGACCCGUGAUAAUGAAGCCUUGAAGAAGACCCUCCAGGACUAUGAUGAGCUGUUGGAGAAAUACAUCCCAGUGCUGAUGGCCCAGGCUAAGAUCUACUGGAACAGGGAGAACUACCAGAUGGUGGAGAAGAUCUUUCGGAAAUCGGUGGAGUUCUGUAAUGGACAUGACACAUGGAGGCUCAAUGUAGCUCACGUCCUCUUCAUGCAAGAGAACAAGUACAAGGAGGCCAUUGGCUUCUAUGAGCCUAUUGUUAAGAAGCACUACGACAAUAUCCUGGACGUCAGUGCUGCUGUAAUGGCUAACCUGUGUGUCUCCUACAUCAUGACCAACCAGAAUGAAGAGGCUGAGGAACUGAUGAGGCGGAUGGAGAAGGAGGAGGAACAGAUCUCUUACGACCAACCCGAUAAGAAGGUCUUCCACCUCUGUAUCGUCAAUCUGGUUAUAGGGACCCUGUACUGUGCCAAGGGGAACUAUGACUUUGGAAUAACUCGGGUCAUCAAGAGUCUGGAGCCCUACAACAAGAAGCUGGGAACAGAUACAUGGUUCUACGCUAAGCGAUGUUUCCUGUCUCUGUUGGAGAACAUGGCUAAACACAUGAUUAUGCUCAGAGACUCGGUCAUUCAGGAGUGUAUUCAGUUCCUGGAGCACUGUGAAGUGUAUGGGAAGACUGAGCCAGCCAUAAUAGAGCAGCCCCUGGAAGAGGACAGGAUGCACAUUGGUAAAAACACGGUCACCUACGAAUCUCGUCUUCUCAAAGCGCUCUUCUACGAGGUCAUUGGCUGGAAUGACUGAUGUCUGCAUGGUCAGAACCAGUGUCCUACAGUAAAGACUGACAUCCCUAUACACAACCUGAAGUCUGUACAUGCACCACAUUCCAUUUAUUAAAGUAUAUUCCGUUUGUCAGUUGAUGUUAUAUGUUGUUUUGACAGCUGUUUACCAUGCUUUGGACCGGUCUCUCUCUCUCUCACACACUCUCACCCCCCCCCCCUCCCCCCCUUAUUAACUCAAAGGAUUCAAAGGGUUUAUUCGUCAUUUGCAAUAACAAGUUAUGGCAAUGAAAUGCUUGGUUUUCCUACUCCCGACAGUGCAGAUAGUUAAAGUAACAAUAGUCAAUGAAAUGCUUGGUUUUCCUACUCCCGACAGUGCAGAGAGUUAAAGUAACAGUAGUCAAUGAAAUGCUUGGUUUUCCUGCUCCCGACAGUGCAGAGAGUUAAAGUAACAGUAGUCAAUGAAAUGCUUGGUUUUCCUGCUCCCGACAGUACAGAGAGUUAAAGUAACAGUAGUCAAUGAAAUGCUUGGUUUUCCUGCUCCCGACAGUACAGAGAGUUAAAGUAACAGUAGUCAAUGAAAUGCUUGGUUUUCCUGCUCCCGACAGUACAGAGAGUUAAAGUAACAGUAGUCAAUGAAAUGCUUGGUUUUCCUACUCCCGACAGUGCAGAUAGUUAAAGUAACAGUAGUCA